AACCAAUAUUUUUCCUUUUCUAUCCCAUCAGUAUACCCUUAUUUCAUUACCAACUACGAUACCCAAACCCAUUUAGACAUUCGCCUACGAAUCGUUACGCCUUUUUGAGCCUAGUUCCGACUCGCGACUUAGGUGACCUGCUUCUUGAUAUAGGAAAAGGGUUAUCCCAAAGUUGUUCACGAUAACAAUAAUCCACAUUCCGCCCGUUGGAGAAUGGACGAUUCUGGUUGGUCAUGGCCCGCUUGGAAGUUUGGUAUGAAGAGAGAUGAACUCUUCACCAAGCUACAUGAUCAAUAUAACACAGUAGCCUUCUCUAUUCAAGACCCGGAGGCCUUUCACCACGACGUCUACGAAAUAUCUAAUAACGCAAGCACCGUCGAUGAGCUGCAUCGCCAACUAGCUGAUCGCAAGCAGCUCCGGCUCAACGAGUUAAAUCAGAGUCUAGAAUCUGCUUCUCUCGAGAUCAUUGCCAACCCGAAUCUUAUCGGGACCCAGCAAUGGCAGCAUGCUGUUCAGCUCUUUCGAACCAAGUCCUUGGAUUCUCUCGUUAGGUACUUCGCAUCGUAUCUCCCCGACGAUCAUCCUUGGCACAAAUCUACCGAAGAUCCCACAUCAAUUCCAUUCUUCGACGAUUCUGAGGAUGGUGUUUCUUUCAUGACAGAUGAGCCUCUCUCUAUCAACACCAGCAUUUCCUCUAUCCCGGCAAGCCAUCUCCCCCCUUCGCCUCGAUCCCUCACCAUGUGCUCAGACGAUUCUGCCGCAUCGACACCGGCAAGAACACUAUCCUUUUCGGAGCACGAGUCAGAUGUGAUGGUAUUGUCGACUACCUUAUCCCGCGGUUUUGAUGAUGAGGACAUGUCACAACCAGAGGAUCCUGACACACCAACUACGUCUAUUUCUGACAUGUCAGAGAUCCGAUCUCUAGAAGAUGUGGAAGAGGUGGAGAACGAGGAGGACGAGGAAGAACGGCAGGAAGAAGAAAAAUAUCAAGAUGAGGACGGACAAACGCCCUUAGGGUCUGUUGUGCAAGAGAAUGAGACCAUCGUAUCAGACACACCUACUCCUCGAGGCGAUGAGUUUUCCUCAGAUCCGGAACUGUAUAGUGACAUAACAAAGAUGGUCUCAUCAAGAUAUACCUCACCCCAUAAGGGUAUUCGUGCUAAAAGCCCUGGGUUAUCGAGAUCACGGCGGAGGAGUCCAGAAAUUGGUCGAGUGCAAAAGCCCUCACCAGAUCCAACACGGAUUAGACCAAAGGGUCGGAGACGGCAACUAGGCGGUUGACGAUGUCAUGGGAUUGUAUAUAUAUCACCCCAAACCUGUAAAUACCCGUAAUGAGCUAAGUUAUCUUCAUCGUUGUGUCUUCCCUUGUAUGAUUUCUGUUGAAGAUUACUUUUGGGGUUUACGAUGAUCGUCAAACUUGUAUAAAUGCUAACCCAGUUGAUGAACGUGCGAAGAGCCAGCAAUUGGGGACUAAAAGAAUACUCCGAUAUUGUGAGUGAGGUUCUGCUAACUUGCAGCGUGUUUGGCACACAAGUGGUUUAGGCCUUAUCCUAUCCCUGGGCCGGGAUUUAUGAAGUGUUCAACCUGAAAUGCCUACUAGGUAGCCA